AUGACACCAAUGAAUAAAACAAAAUUCGACAAGACAAAUUCUUCACAAAUCAACAGCAAUACAACUACGUCUAACAAUUCAACUUCCAAGGCUAAAACAGUUCAGCUAACUCAGCAACAAUGGCAGUUGUUAACUGAUUAUCAUGAACAUGAUUUAUUUGUACGCACACGGAGUUGGAGCUUUUGUAUGGCAGUUUUAGGGAUAGGUGUUACAUUAUUUGGAAUAGGAAGCCCAGCCUGGAAAUGGAUUGGUGACAGUCGACAUCCUUAUGAACUUGGAUUGUGGACCUUAUGUUUACCAAACAAUUCUACUUGUCUUUCAAUAAUUUAUCACUUGCAGAACAACUGGAAACUUCAUACAUCGAUUAUCUGUUUGCUUGGUUGCGCUUGCCUAUUUGGACUUCUGGGCCUAGGUUUAGCUAUUACUGGAGUAUGCAAAAGUGCCUUGAUUCUUCGAUUGUAUUAUUAUCAUUCAGCAGGUGAAUGCUUUCUGGUUUCAAGCAUAACCACGAUAGCAUCUUUAAUUCUCUAUCCAAUCUCUGCAGAUGCAUGCAUCCAGAAUUUAUUAAAACUUGACAUAUUCAAAUUCAAAUCGCCUGAUCAAACCACUUUGACCAACAUGAAAAUUUCUAGUAAUAAUAGCAACAAGAACUCAGGUGAUAGUGAUGAGAUGUCACUGAAAAGCAUAGAAACACAAUAUGGAUAUACAUACUUCUUGACAUGGAUUGCCGCUGUAUUCUUUUUCAAUUCUUUUGUAUGCAUGAACUUAGAUAUUUUGAUACAAUCAUUCGUUCGACCGGUGCCUGUGAUAAACCACAUAUUAAAUUAUUUAGCGCCUUGUUGGAAGUCAUCAGCAUCUUCAUCAACACGUUCACCAGUGUCAUCUCCAUCGUCUCAUUCCUCAAGCUUUCAAAAUCAAGCAGCUGCACUGAAACCUAAUUAUCGUUUGACGGAGACAGAUCAAAAAACAAAGGAAGACUUAGGCAGUAGACUAAAGUCUGAAUGUAGUCCAACAGACAGUGAAAGUUCUGCUUGCAUGUCUGAUUCUCAUAAUGCCCGCACAUCACUCGAUGACAGCUUUAGAGAUGAUUAUCAACAAGCGCCUCAACAUCAAGUGUGUCCCAUACCGAAUAUAUUAUUAAGCGAUUACGAUCAAGAAUGUGAGGCAAUGAAUUCACACAUUCACCGUACGCCUAAAAGAAGUCCUUUUGAAGAUAAUGGUAAUAUAGUAAGGAUUCCAAAACCAGUGUCACAAGAUUCGGAUCAAGAGGGUGAAUGGAUCUGA